GAGUGACAGACAGACAGACAGUGAAUGUGUUUUGGUUUGCCUUCAAUGCCAACGCCUGACCAACACUUCCCACACAUCACUCACACACAUGUCAUCCGAAGACAAUUCACCGAUUAGUCAAUGAUCACCGCAUCGGUCGCUGUUGUAGUGUGUCUUACGUAGGGAUCAGUUGUCUGUAUGGAUAGCAGUGUUUUGAUUGUGUUUUUGAGUCUAUUUUUGUCUCAUUUGUAUUGCAUUUAAAUUACUUAUCAAUUUGUGACCAAAUCUUAAAGUCGAUGACAUUAUAGCGUUGUUUGUGUCAAUCGGUGGUCACCUUUCAGUGUCUUUUCUCAUCGACGACAUGGACUUCAGCGCCAAGAGUUUCAAGGGUUUGGUCUCCGAUGUCGGCACUGUCUUCACGCGAGCCAAACAGUACGCCGAAGAGACGAUCGGAACGGCAGAGAAGACCGAAUUGGACGCACAGUUUGAGAGUUUGGCCGAAAGGGCCGACAGGACUAAACUGUGGACCGAACGCAUC